AUGCCUUCCUAUCAUAGCUGGGGCCCUAACGGCCAGCAUUCCCGCCUUCCACCUACGCCGCCAGAGUAUCAGCCCGACUACCUCACUCCGAUGAGUGCGGUUUCGGAGCACGGGUUCUAUUCUUCGCAAGGAUUUGGGUGUCGUCGUUCUCUUUCGUCGCGCGAAUACAAUGACCGGUAUCACGCUCCUCCCGCCUAUAGUGCCCAACAGCCUCCUUUGACCGGGCGGGUCGGUCGUCUUGGGCAUCUCGCGUCGCGAGAGUACCCGUAUUCACAAUCUUACGGACAGCCUGGCGCUCAGUACGGAUACACCACGCUUGGAGCACCUAUCUUGCCUCCCAUCCGGGCGCCCGAAGCUCUGGAUCCAUACACGACUCACUAUGCGCCGCAGCAUGCCGAGAAGAAAGUAAAGGAAGACAAGCCUACCGGAGGCGUGGCACAACAUUUGGACUAUGACAUGGAUCUGAUGGCCAACUUCGUCGCCGACAUGUCCCAAAAACUUGUGACGCCGGAGUCUACGCCGACCUCGCAAUUCCGAAAAUACGUCUCUCAAAUUCUGUCUUCCACUCGUCUACCAAGUUCCACCAUCAUGCUGGGCUUGUUCUACCUGUCUUCGCGAAUGAAGCAAGUCAACGAACGUGGCCAGUCGACUUCGUCCUCUGGGACUGUCUACCGCAUGCUCACCACUUGUCUCCUUCUGGGCAGCAAGUUUCUCGACGACAACACCUUCCAAAACAGAUCGUGGGCCGAAGUCAGCAGCAUCCCUGUGCAUGAACUGAACAUGAUGGAAUUGCAGUGGUUGACCGACUUCAACUGGGAAAUCCACGGGAUGAUGUACGACGAAGACGAAGGCUUCUUCAUGUGGGUGGAACACUGGCAUGCCUACGAAGAGCAGACCCAGCUCGCCAAAGUCAAGGACAUGCAAAAGCUGGCCCCUCUCGAUACAAAUCUUCGUCGCAGUCACUCUAUCCAGCAUCAACCGCUUCUAUCUCCGGAGGGUCCCAUUCCACCUCAGUACCAACAAGGCCCCCAAUUCGAUACUCGGUGGGUUCGACCCUACAUCUCAGAAUAUUCGCCGCCGUCGGCGCCUCACAGCGGUCCAUCGACGCCUGACUACUACACCCCGUCGUGGUCUUACGCCCCUACUGGUCCAGCCGCAUAUGGUCGUCAGGGUUAUCAUUCGGGCGCUACGUCAUCAUACUCGGCUCCACGUACCCAAGUCCCUGUCUAUGGCCAGACAUACCCCUAUCCCACCGGCCUAACAGCGGCCAACUGGAUGCCGCACGGGGCGAACUGCAACAGCUCUCUCCACGCGAAACAGUCCGACUAUUACUUCAACCAGACGGGGUAUCCUGUGCAGACGGUCGCAGGUUGA